GCAAACUAAAAAUGGCAGCGAUGGAGAUGCUGAGCAGCAGCAAGUGGAAAGCCACGGCGGCAAGUAUAUGGAUUCAGUGCGCUGGAGGCGCUUCCUACGCCUUCGGCAUAUAUUCCUCUGCGCUCAAGUCGAGCCAGGGCUACGAUCAAUCGACGCUCGACAUGGUGUCCGUCUUCAAGGACAUAGGUGCCAACGCCGGCGUCCUCUCGGGGAUUCUGUACUCCGUGGUCGCAUUCAACGGUCGCCGGAUUGGUGGGCCGUGGGUGGUGCUCGUGGCGGGGGCUCUUCAGUGCUUCGUGGGGUACUUCUUCCUUUGGGCUGCCGUCACCGGAUUGGUAGAGACUCCGCAGGUGGCGGUUGUGUGUUUGUUCAUGUUCUUGGCUGCCCACUCUCAGACUUUCUUCAGCACCGCCAACGUGGUCACCGGGGUCAACAAUUUCUCUGAUUACAGUGGGACCAUCGUUGGCAUACUGAAGGGAUUUCUUGGUCUGAGUUCAGCACUUCUUGUCCAAGUCUAUGACACAUUCUGCAAAGGCAACCCCAGCGCUUUCCUUCUCCUGCUGGCCUUGUUUCCCACGUCUGUCACCAUCCUCUGCAUGCCUUUGGUCAGAAUCUAUGAAGCUGGUGGAGCUGCUUCUGACAAAAAGUACUUAAACAUCUUCUCUGCUUUUGCUCUCAUCACUUCUGCUUAUCUCAUGGUCUUAAUCAUAUUCCAAAACAUCCUCACUUUCCCAUCAUGGGCGAGCAUUCUCACAUUCACAGCACUUCUUCUUGCUUUAAUCGCCUCGCCCCUCGGAAUCGCAUUCAAAGCCCAAAACUUGCAACCCAAGAAACUCCUUGAGGCACUCGAUGAUCCUUUGCCAGAAAACCCUGAGCCAGUUUCAGCAUCCUCUGAACUUCAUGUAUCAGAUCAUGAAGAUAUGAAUCUAUUGAGAGCUACGCGUUGUGUCGAUUUUUGGUUGCUGUUUAUUGCUAUGGUAUGUGGGAUGGGGUCUGGAUUGGCCACCAUAAACAACAUGAGCCAAAUUGGGGAAUCUCUUGGCUACAAAACAGUUGAGAUCAAUUCCUUGGUUUCUCUGUGGAGCAUAUGGAAUUUUCUAGGCCGGUUUGGAGCCGGGUUUCUCUCGGAUUACUUGCUGCAUAAGAAAGGAUGGGCAAGGCCAUUUCUGAUGGCUGUCACCCUAGCAAUCAUGGCAGCCGGCCACAUUGUGAUUGCAUCUAGUUUUUCGGGGAAUUUGUACGUGGGUUCAAUCUUAGUUGGGAUUUGCUAUGGCUCACAGUGGUCACUUAUGCCCACAAUCACUUCUGAGAUCUUUGGGAUAAGACACAUGGGGACUAUUUUCAACACAAUAGCCAUAGCCAGUCCUGUUGGUUCUUAUAUUUUCUCCGUCAGAGUAAUCGGGUUCAUAUAUGAUAGAGAAGCUUCCGGAGAAGAUGAUAACUCCUGCAGCGGCACUCGCUGCUUCAUGCUGUCUUUUUUUAUCAUGGCUUCUGUUGCUUUCUUUGGGUUUCUUGUUGCUCUUGCCUUGUUCUUUCGGACGAGGAGAUUCUAUCACUCGAUCGUGAUGAAAAGACUGCAGCAUUCUUCUCCGAGAUAGUGAGUGAAUGUGAGCAUUUUGUACAGAGAAUA